GACUCUGGCACAAGCUCAGAGGUCAGUAAAGCCUGGAGCGCUUUCAGGCAGCGGCGCCGGGUGGGACUGCGGAGAAAGGCGCAGGCAGGAGACAUUCCACAGGGAGGGGCAAGCACGCGUGGGGCUAGCAUGAGGGAAGCAAGGUCACGUUCUUUGCGAGCAGGUGAGGCGCUGGGCAGCUCAGCCAUCCGCGGAGUCCAAGGCAACUGUUCUCCACUUGUCUGGGAGGAGCAAGACAGCUCAAGGGCUGCUAGACCGUGCUCUCUGUCCGGGCUCCACUUCUUUUCUACUUAUGGCGACUACGUCAUUCCUUUCCAAGCCUCCGUGCCUCUUCUACAAGACAUAGGGCCAUUGAGAUGGGUCACUGGGUAAAGGCAGUUGCUGCGAAGUCUAACGAUCUCAGUUUGAUAUGUGGGACCCACACCCCGACCCCCAUGAGUGCGGCUACACGUGCACGUACAGAGUAAGAAUAAAACCACAACGAAUUAAAAACAAGGAGGCAGAAGGAUCAGGCGGCGUUUCCAUAGCGUGGCACCAGCUCAAAGGUGUGGGCUUUGCCACCAGGCAGGUGGCUAGCAUGACCAAGCCUACCACAAUCAUCGAGAAGAACGGGGACACUAUCACCAUAAAGACACACAGUACCUUCAAGAACACAGAGAUCAGCUUUCAGCUGGGAGUAGAAUUCGACGAGGUGACAGCAGAUGACAGGAAGGUCAAGUCAGUCGUGACGCUGGACGGAGGCAAACUCAUCCAUGUGCAGAAGUGGAACGGGCAGGAGACUACACUUACAAGGGAGCUAAUUGACGGGAAACUCAUCUUGACUCUCACCCAUGGCAAUGUGGUGAGCACUCGGACUUAUGAGAAGGAGGCGUGACCUGGCUACCCCAUCACUGACCGCUCCUCUGCCAGCUGGCUACCCCAUAACUCAGCACCAUGUUGCCUCAUGUUUUUCCCCUCUGACAUUUUGUAUAAAUAUUCUGGUUGGGAUUUUUCUGGAGAUACGGGGCAUCAGCCUCGACCCAGUUCCCAUUGUGUAUGUGGUUUGUUUUUUAAAACUGUAUCCAAAGGGUGCUCCAAGGUCAAUAAAGUAGAGCUGAGGC